AUGGAGUCCUCUCAUAAUUACCUGAGGGAAGAUCUGUUAGUUGGAAUCCUGGCGAGAUUGCCGGUACAAGCUUUGCUCCGUCUUAGGGCCGUAUGCAAAUCGUGGAAGUCCAUCAUAGCCAGCCCCGAAUUCUGUUCCUUGCACCUCUCCACAAACCACCCCUCCAAAAUCUUGCUCACCACACGAGACCCUGGACAGCCUACUAUAGCUAACGGCAAUCACAUACCCGAGCAGCGGUACUUGCUUCUUAACGACGACGAACAUCUCCCUGCCGACCCUUCCUGCUUGGCCCCUUUCGACCUCCCCUUCCAAAUCCCAGACUUAAACUCUCUCCACAUACUCGGCUCCAUCAACGGCUUGAUAUGCUUAUCCGUCACCCCAUCCUAUUUGUGGGAUGACGACGUGGAACUCAACAUACCCAUUCUGCUAUGGAACCCUACCAUCCGCAGGUAUGUCUGCCUACCGGACCCCACCUUCAGCUACGCGUGGAACUCGUCCAUCGAAUUUGGAUACGACGCCACCAUGGACGAUUACAAAAUCAUGGUCUUUAGGAACACCACUGCUGUCCCAGAGUACCACAUCUAUUCCUUGAACUCAAACACGUGGCGCAGAGGUAAUUUCGAAAUAGGAGACGAGCGCCGAUUGUUGUUUAAUAGCACGGGCGCUCUUGCUGGGGGCAAGAUGCACUGGCUCGUCUCCAAUGAAAUUAAUUUUGAUGAGAUGGAGCUGCUUUACAAAAGCAGCCUUUACUCGUUCGAUGUGGCGGAGGAGGUUUUUGCAGAAGUGGGCUUACCGCCACCUGAGGAGGAGCUGACUCACCCCAUGUUUACUGUAGUUAGGGACUCGUUGCAUUUGGUACAAGCCUGCACGCUUGCCUCGGAAAUGUAUUGGACAAUUUGGGUGAAGAUGGACGCCGCCCGAUCUUGUGAUGUGUACUGGAAGAAAUUGUACAGAGUGGAUGUGACAGCUGUGUUUGUGUGUUUUCUGAAGAAUGGGGAGUUGUUGAUGGACAAGUACCCCACUCACCACCUUACUGGCCGGGUAGAAGAUGACCACGGUGGCUUAGCGGCAUAUGAUCCGAGGGAUGGCAAGUUUAAGGACUUGGAGCCCUUGUCCCUCUCUCAACAACGAGCCUUUGGGACUGUCCAUUCUUGCAAUCACCAAGAGAGCCUCGUCCUUCUCGACCGAACGCUGAUUGACGAUCUACACGCUAGUUGGCCUUGUGAAGUUCAAAUCCAAAAGAAUGACAAUUGA